AUGACCAAGAACAAAAAGACCGCUCGCCCCGUGCCCGUUGUCGAACCCACUCCUCGCCACAACUCCUCCGACUCGGAUAACAACUCGGAUAUCGAAGAUCGCUCCCACUCCCGCACAUCGACCUCGUCCGUCGAGGAGGAGCAAGUCAAGGAGUCCAACGGCAAUGGUGUCCACACCACCUCCACCAAGGAGUCGAACGGUAGUUUCCUCACCCGUGUGAGCUCUAUCCCUUUGAUCUACGACUCUGUCUCGACUCUGCACUCCUAUGCCAAGGACAGCAAGUACGGCCGAUAUGCCCUCGAUACCGCCGGAUCCGCCGUCGAGACCGUCAACAAGUACACAGAGCCCUACCAGACUCGCCUUCAGCCUCACAUCUCCAAAGUUGACCAGCUUGCGACAAAGUCCCUCGAUAUCUUCGAGAACACUUUCCCCAUCGUCACCAAGCCCACCGCCGAGAUUGUGACCCAGGUCAAGAAGCCCAUAGUCUACGUCGAAGAAUCCUCCAAGAACGCCUAUACCCAGAUCCAGUCGACCAUUGAUACCCGUGUCACUGCCCCUGUCAAGUCCGUGACCAACUCUAUCAGCUCAACUGCCUCUUCUACCGUCAACUCCAUCACAUCCACCGCUGCCUCGACUCGUGAUACUAUCACCACCAAGGCUGCAUCGACCCGCGACCAGGUUGCUGCCGUCGCCAUCUCCACCCGUGACACCAUCACCAACCGCGCUGUCUCGACCCGCGACCAGAUUACCAACGUCGCUACCUCGACAGCCAACAACAUCACCAAUGCUGCCACCUCCACGGCAACCACCAUUGCCACAACGGUCAAUACCCGUGCCACCCCCUUGGUCAAUGGUCUCGAGACCAUCGUCGACCGAGUGUUGCCUGCCGGUGUCGACGCAGAAAAGACCCCUGUUGGCCAGAGCAACCAGGCCACCCGUGUCGUGGACUUGGGUCGCACGGUCACUCGUCGUGUCUCCCGUCGUGUCGGUGUCGCCGUCUCGCCUGUCACCCAAACCGCCCAAGAGUACCGUGCUUCGGUUGAGAAGAGCACUGUUGUCGUCAAGUCCAAGGAUCAUAUCAAUGCCUUGAACACCCGCCUCUCGGCCCUCCUCGAGUCUCUCCAUGCUCACACCAAGGAGCUCCAAGAGAACGUCCAGAAGGGAUCCCAUGAGGUUUCUACCCGUGUCCAGUCUCGCGUCUCCGAGUUGAGCGGUAAGGUCUUGGCCGAGGUUGACUCUUUGUCUGCCUACUUGAAGGUGCACAGCCCCGCCCUUCCAGAGUCUGUCCAGGCCCGUAUUCAACCCUUAUUGACCUUUGUCAACGAUCGCUACGUCGUUGUCAAGACCGAAAUCAUCAAGACCGAUGUCUCUGCUAUCCAGAAGGCCCGUAACAUUCUCAACUUGACCACCGAGGAGACUCUUCCCAUCUUGCAGUCCGCUGCCAAGGAUAUUCGUGAGUCCCUUGGCCAGUACCAGGUCAAGGUCCAGGAGAGUGUCAACAAGGGUUAUGCAAAGGUCCAGGAUGUCCACUCUUCUGUCCACCUGACUGCCGCUCGUGCCUAUCACUCUGCACGCGUUAUCCUUGUCGGAAAGUAG